UCUGGGCCUCAAUAUCGUGUUCCCACCUCCCAUAACGAGAGCGACGCGGGCGGGCAAUGCAAGGGCACCGAAAGACACUGGGGCGGCUGGCUGCAGCCGAGGUGCCAGCUCUCUGGAGUCGGGAUAAGAAAAAGGGCUCAGCUUCCCCCUCGUCUCCCGUCCUGCCGUCUCCUCGUCUCCCCCCACGGCCCUCCCCUCGGUCACCUUGCUCGCUCGGGUGUCAGUUAGAACAAGCCCUCGCCCUGUCAAGAUGAAGAACGCCAUCGCCGCCGCGGCGCUGCUCGCCAGCACCCUCCCCGCGGUGCAGGGCCAGAAAUGCAUCCACCGCGUGACGGGCGAGCGGCUCGAGGCCGAGAUGAAGGUCGAGGCUGUCCUUGAGCGGGCCCAGAAGCUCCAGGACAUCGCCUACUCGACGCCCGGCCGCAACCGCCAGUGGCGGCAGCCCGGCUUCGACCUCACGAUGGACUACGUCGAGGAGACGCUGAAGCAGACGAACUUCUACCACAUUGAGCGCCAGCCGACCGUGUUCCGCGUGGCCCGCGACCCGGCAAACGUCACGGUCGACGGCGUCGACUACCCCAGCUCCGCCAUGACCACCACGACGGGCAGGGAGCUCGUCCCCGGCGUGUUCAAGGGCGUCCCCAUCGUCGUCGUCGGCGCCCUGGGGUGCGAGGCGGCCGACUACCCGGACGCGACGGGCGCCCUCACCCUCAUCCUGCGCGGGUCCUGCUCCUUUGAGACCAAGUCGCAGCUGUCCAAGCGGGCGGGCGCGGUUGGCGCCAUCGUGCGCAACGCGGCCGACAGCCCCUCGUUCGGCAACGGCGUCCUCGGCGACGACGUGGCCAGCCUCGUGCCCACGACCAUGAUGCGCUACGAGGACGGUGUGGCCCUGCUGGCGCGCGUGCAGGCCGGGCCCCCGGCGCUCGCGGACCUGGCGAUCGAGUACGUCAACCUGACGAGCUACAACCUCAUUGCGACCUCGCGGCGCGGCAACCAGAGCAACAUCAUCAUGGCGGGCGCGCACGCCGACUCGGUCGAGGCCGGGCCCGGCGUCAACGACGACGGCAGCGGCACCGUCUCCAUCCUCGAGACGGCGGUGCAGCUGGCCAAGUUUGGCCUCACCAACGCCGUCCGGUUCGCGUGGUGGACGGCCGAGGAGGACGGGCUGCUGGGGUCCUACUACUACACGCGCAACGCGCCCGCAGCCGAGCUGGCCAAGAUCCGCGCCUACCUCAACUUCGACAUGGUGGGCAGCAGCAAUUUCGUCUAUGGGAUCCUGGACGGCGACGGCGACGCCUACGGCACCGCGGGGCCCGCGGGCUCGGCCGAGAUCGAGGCGCUGUGGAAGGGCUACUUCGCGUCGCGCGGCCUGCCGUCGGACCCGUCCGAGUUCUCGGGCCGCAGCGACUACGCCGGGUUCCUCGACGCGGGCAUCGCGUCGGGCGGGCUCACGACGGGCGCCGACGAGGUCAAGACGGCCGAGCAGGUGGCAAAGUACGGCGGCAUCGAGGGCGCCAUCCUGGACCCCUACUACCACACGGCCCAGGACACGGUCGCGAACCUUAACGGCACCGCCCUGGGCGUCAUGGCCAAGGGCAUCGCCUACGCCAUCGGCACCUACGCCCGCAGCUUCGACGGCUUCCCCGUCCGCGCGCCUGCCGCCAGGCCGGAGAUGAAGCCUUUUGGCCGCAGGGCCGACGCCGCGUCGUUCAGGCUUGGACCUCUUACCUUGUGGCGCAUGUGAGGCGCUGUUCGGGGAGGAUGAUAAGUGGUGAUGUACGCAUGACGAUGUUGGGACGGCUUGAUGAUGGUGGAUGUGAAGCAAGGAAAAUAAUGAAAAAAUAAUGAAAUCUCUCAGCUGUAGUGUAAUGAGCGUUAUGAAAGAACCAUGAGGAUUGGCAGUCUACCCACUUUGUGUGUUUGGGAUUGGAUGCUUCUUCAUGUGGGUGGUCCAUCUAAUCUUUACGACUGCACCAAUCAUGCCCCAUCUCAUGCACGUCCAUCUCCU